AUGGCCCCCGGGGGUAUAAGUGCCUUUGAGGCGCGGAGACGAGAAAAUGUUGCCAACAAUGCGAAACUCCUCCAAGAAUCUCAGGCGAUCGGUGCCAAAAUGGCAAAGGCGGCCAAGCCUCCACCCAAGCCUGCGACUACAAGAAAGAGGAAAUCCUCCCCCGUCCAGCGAACGAGGGUAAUGCCCACACGAUCGAGUGCCCGACUCUCGGCAGGACCCGGGGCCGAUGUCGAAUUCGAAUCGCUCAAGACGGCGGGCGAGCUGGUGGAGGAACAGAAGCCGUCAAAACGUGCUCGGGUCACGGAAGAUCUCAAAUUGGACAAGGUGACACUAGAGGGAUCGAGAUGGACUAACGGCGAUGCCCUGGCAAGUUUUACACAGGGGGCACAGCCCGGCUUCAGAACUUUCACCGAAGAGGACAUCAAGGAGACGUCAGAUGAGAAGCUCAAGGAGGUCCGCAAGGGCAUGGCCGAGCUCGAGCUCUAUGAUGGGUGGCUGCCAAAUGACAUCAAAAUUACCCCAGAGCGUAUAUACUCGUUGACGUUUCACCCGAUUCGAGACAAGCCCAUUGUAUUUGCCGGAGACAAGAAGGGCGUCAUGGGUGUCUUUGAUGCUUCGCAGGAUAAACCUCAAUACGACGAGGAUGACGAAGAUCCAGACAUUCCCUAUCCCCAAGUAUCGGCCUUUGAGAUGCACAGCAGAACAAUUUCUUCAAUCAUUGUACCCGAGUUCGACUCCAACUCGGUUCUUAGUGCCUCCUACGAUUCUACUAUUCGGUGUCUUGACCUGCAGACGCGGGUGAGUAGCGUAGUAUGGCAGCCAGAGGAUGAGGACACGGAUCUGGGCAUCACAUGUGUGGACGUGCCAGCGGACUCAAAGGAUGUCUUGAUAUUUUCUACAAUGCUGGGCUCUAUGGGUCGGUUCGAUCGUCGCUCCAAGGCCAAGGCGGAGAUUUGGAAUCUAUGUGAUAACAAGAUUGGUGGGUUUUCUCUCAACCCAUUGCUUCCUCACCUUGUGGCAACCGCCUCCUUGGAUCGUACACUCAAGAUUUGGGACUUGCGAAUGAUCAAGGGCAAAGGGGAAAUGCGCCGCCCUGCUCUGGUCGGUGAGCAUAUAUCUCGCCUCUCUGUCUCGCACGCGUCAUGGAGUAAGAGUGGCCAUGUCGCGACAUCGUCUUAUGAUGACACUGUCAAGAUUUAUGAUUUUGAGAAGGCUGUCAAGUGGAAGCCCGGACAGGAUAUCGGAGAUGAUGAGAUGGAACCGGCUACACAGAUCCGACACAAUAACCAAACCGGUCGAUGGGUGACUAUUCUCAAGCCUCAGUGGCAGCUGAACCCCUCCGAUGGCGUCAACAAGUUCGCCAUAGCGAACAUGAAUCGCUUCGUCGAUGUCUAUGACAGCAACGGCGAACAGCUUGCGCAGCUGAGCGGAGAGGGCAUCACCGCUGUGCCAGCCGUGGCCCAGUUGCAUCCUACUCAAAAUUGGGUCGCCGGAGGAACGGGGAGUGGCAAGUUGUGUCUGUGGAUGUAG